CACACACACACACACACAGACGGAGAGAGAGACGGAGAAGGAGAGACAACAGGUGUGUGUGUGAUAGAGUGGAGAGAAAAGAUUGAGUAUGGUUCUUGUUCCGUUGCUACAGCUGUUCUUCAGCAUCAACCAGGCGACUAAUUUCUUAGGGACAGUGAUGACCUACGACCCGGAGACCAACAGCGAUGGAAUAUUCACAGUGGCGCUUCGCUUUAAGACAAACUUCCAGACGUGUAGUGCGUAUAUCCCCUGGGAAUGCCGCACCGGUGAUUGUACCACGGUGUUCUUGGCGUCUCAUACGGUCUCCAACGAGAGCAGCGGAGAGUGGUGUCACAGAGAGGGACUCAUGAUUCUGCAGAUUACCGGCAACGAUCCCUUUCAGCUUUGGUUGAACGGUAGAGCCUGGAAAAGCAACAUCAAUGGCAUUGUAUCAGUGAGAGCUUUGACUCUGGUUGAUCCGAGGACCCGGUCUGACACCGGCAAAGUCAACAGAUCCCCGCAGACCACCAUGCUGCCAGUCCUGAGAGUUCCUUCAAACUGUCCGAGACAAAUACGCCUGUUGGCGUUUGACCCAGAUGGAGACAAUGUGCAAUGCAGAUAUGGAAACCAGUCCCAGUUUGAAUGUAACCCCUGCACACCGCCGCCUGUUCUCACCCUCUCAUCGUCAUGUGACCUGUCAUUCAGUGCCACCAACAGCAGUGCCGAGGGACUUUACGCAGUCCAGCUGGUGAUGGAGGACUCUCCUGGGCAACCUAUCACCCUGGCCCGCGGUGGUGUGGUGACGCCGAUAACUACCGCCACCCCAAUCAGUAAAAUACCUGUCCAAUUUGCUUUUAAAGUGGAUCCUGCGGUGCCCUCCUGCACAGAUGGACUCUAUUUGCCCGGGUUCCAGUCUCCAACCCCAGCCAACAGAGCUCAGCUGCAGGCUUCAGUCAACCAGGUCCUGCAAAUCAGCAUCAAAGCAGUGGCAGCUAACUCAGCGAUCUCCGAGCUGCUGUUCAGCGGACCACACAAUAUCAACCAGACCAGGUCAGGAGCAGGAGACUUUACCCUGAGCUGGACUCCAUCAGUGAGCCAAAGUGGAGAGAACCAUCCAAUCUGCUUUGUUGUUCAAGCAGUUUCUGGUUCAAACAGGUAUCACUCUGAGCUGCGAUGUGUCAUCGUAAUUGUCGCAAAUGGUGAGAGACGCCUGCCUCGAGCUGUGGAGGUAUCCCUGAACAUUACCAACGCUACAACCACGCCCACAACUUCACCCACAACCGUGGCGGUAACUACAGCAGUAUCCCAACCCAGUACUGUCACUACAACCACGCCCACGACUACUCCAGCACUGACUCCACCCACAACGUGGCGGCAGUAUCCCAACCCAGUACUUUCCCUACGACUACCAGCACUGACUCCACCCACAACCGUGGUGGUAACUACAACAGUAUCCCAACCCAGUACUUUCCUACAACUACACCCCGACUACUCCAGCACUGACUCCACCCCCGUGUGGUAUGACUCCGACUACUCCAGCACUGACUCCACCCACAACCAUGGUGGUAACUACAGCAGUAUCCAGUACUGUCACUACAACUACACCCACGACUACUCCAGCACUGACUCCACCCACAACCAUGGUGGUAACUACAGCAGUAUCCCAACCCAGUACUUUCCCUCCAACUACACCCACGACUACUCCAGCACUGACUCCACCCACAACCGUGGUGGUAACUUCAGCAGUAUCCCAACCCAGUAG